AUGCUGGUAGAUUCGACAGAUUUUGAGAAUAAAAUAAAUAAAGAUGCCCAUUCCUUCCUGACAGCCCAAGCCCAAUUAUUAAAACCGAAAAUGAAACCGAAUUCAAACAAAACUCUUUGGAGCUUAUUGGUGAUUUUCACUAGUGUAUUAACAAUUUUUGUGACAACUUAUGUUAGUGCUUACACAAUAAAUACCUAUAAUCAUUCUGAAGGAGAUGCUUACAUCUCACCAAUGGGAUAUUUUACGCUUACUGAUGGAAGCCAAUUGCUUCGAUUUUAUCGUCCACUUAACAAUAGAAAGUGUAAUGAACCAGAUUUACACUUAAGAGUUUUACAUGUAAAUGGGACCAUGUCACCUUUUGUUGUUCAAAACUUUUCGAUUCCGAAGUUUAAUUUUUGUCGAAUAGAUAUGGAUGUAUUAUCACCUGAUUAUAUCAUAGUAACCAAUCUUAACAGGGAUAAUAUAUUCUACAUACUUUACUAUAAUAUAUCUGAUACCGACUAUAGUCUACCAUUUGGAAGAUUUAUUGCUGAAGUGGAUUCAGAUGGAAAUAUAUUAGGCGAAAAUUGGCUCGGUUACAAUAAUUAUUAUAAUGGUAGUAUAGUUGGACGAUUAGGAAAAUUUAAAUUUAUUUUUGAUUUGUCCGAUACAUUUUAUUAUAUGAAAUUGGCUGAUAUUCAUGAUCCUGAUACUUUGGAGUGGCAAAAAUUUAAAAUAACUCCAAUUACUGGAAGACUCCAAAAAGGAGAAAGUGGAGUGAUAUCUCGUAAAGAUUUAAAUCUUCAAUAUGAUAAUCCUAUAUAUUCAUUUUUAACGAUUGAUAGUGGACUUGGAUUUAUUUAUUCAAAACGUUAUUCCUCACAAGUUAAUGCGGAACUGCAACCAAGUUUAUAUAUUUAUGUUAAUUUUUACAAACCUGAGAAUGAAAACAAAAAAUUAACUGAACCAUUUAUUAUUUAUCAAACAUCCACUCCAAAUUUAUCUAUGAAUUUUGCAAUGUGUUCGGUAGAUAUUAAGGGUAUAGGAUAUCAAUGUGUCAUUCAAUUAAGAAAAACUACUGAAAUUGAUCCACUUAAUAAAGAUAUUUAUUAUGGUCAUAAUUUGGUAUUAAUUGUUUCAUUUCUUUCGUCUGGUUCAGUCACUAGGAUUGUACAAUUAACGGGAAAUUACGCGAAAGCUGAUUCGGUUGUUAAAGUCCCUCUAAUUUAUGGAGGUUAUUUAUUAAUGUAUAGGAAUAGCGUAUUAGACGUAGAUGGCGUACAAGGGUGUUUACUUGGAGGAGAUAUUUUUGAUACUAAUGACAUGUUUAAUUCAACUUGGGAUAUACCUCCCAAUUUUACAAUUCAAUCUCCAUGCAUUUUUAUUUAUAAUUUUAUUUAUAAGACCUUUGAUAUGAUUUGGAAAAUUACGCCAACAGAUUUAACAAUUGUUUCAACGGAUGUGCCAACAUUUCUUUACAUUGAAGGUGAACUUGCCUUGAAAUCGGCAAAGAUUAGUUCAGUUAAUCCAAAAUAUGGUAAAACAAUCACUUUAGGAAGAAAUACUCUUGAAAUUAAUUAUGAAGUUCCAAUUUCAUUAUCGAUUCGAAAUAUCACCAUCUAUCAAGUUAACGGAACAAAUAUUCUUAUGCGACAAACAACUUCUGGUAAAGCAUCAGAGUUUUUCACAAUAGAACAAAACAAAAUUACUUUAAAAGUAUUGCCAAGUACAUUUAAUGUACCAAGUGCUGAAUAUCAUAUAUCUAUUGAUCCAAAUUUUGUAAUGCAAAAAGAAAUUAAUGAACCCAUAGAUAGACUUCAACAUUCAUCGUGGGUUGUCAUUACUGAAGCGUUUGAGGAUACUUAUGCAGAAUCUUUUACUGGAUCAAUUAGAUUAAUACCUGAAGGAACAAAACUUUUUUAUCAAAAUAAAAAAGAAUUUAUUGAUCAACUACUUCAAGAAAUUUCAUUAAUUCUUCCUGUUGAUCGUGAUAGAUUAAAGAUCAAAGAUCAUCAACAAGUGGAUAGUUCGACUCAAUUUGAACAAUUAAUUAUUCCUUUACAAAUCGAACCCACAAGAAAUUUAUCUCAGAGAAAUACCAAUAAUUUAUAUCACGAUUUAAAUCAUAUGAUUCUAAAUAAACAAUAUACUGUAAUUUCUAAAUAUCAGUAUGCUUCACUAUUAGAUCAAUCUUAUGGAUAUAAACUGAAUGCCGGUAUUAAAGAAAUUAUACGAGAUAAUAAAGAAACAAUAUUAUCCGCUAUAGUUGUUCUUUUUAUCAUAAUUCUUGUAUUUUUAUGGGCUAAAAGAAAAGGAGAAAGGAAUAAGGAUAAUGAGGAUAACGAGGAAAAUGAGAAAAAUGAGGAUGAAGAGAGAUCAAAUAUGAUUAUAUUGAAAGUCGGAUUAUCUCUUAUGGAUUUUGUCUUGGAUGGGUUAUUCAUAUACAAAAAUGGUUAUGAUAUUAAAAUACUUUUCAUUCCAAGUCUAGUGAUUUUUGCAUUUGCAUCAAUCUUUAAUUUAAUAUUGGCAUUGUCAUUAAUAAUAUACGAAAAUUUUAAGCAUGAUAAAUUUAAGGAAUGGCUUAAAAAAAAUUCAAUUGUCGCAUCAAUAUUUACACUUUUUUCAGCAACAAAUGUUGAAGUUUUAAAUGUCUUGACCUCAAAAAUAGGUGGAUUCAAAAUGUUUUCAGCAACUUUUAAGAAAAAUACAAUCUCAACAAUAUUUUGGCUUAGUGUAACUAAUUUCAUUGUUAAAGAUAUUCCUCAAUUUGGUAUUCAGGCUUAUUAUAUAACACAUGUUAUAUCUUAUAAUGUUAUUCCAUUUUUAACUCUUGUAACAAGUAGCGCAAUGGUCGUUUUAAAUGUUAUCGGAAAGUUAUAUAAUAUAAUCAUAGAAUGCCAAAAACGAAGUACUGAUGAUGAUGAUGAUGAUGGUGAUGGUGAUGGUUGUGGAUGUGGCACAUUAUCUGGUGGUGGUAGUAAUGGAGGUUGUGGUGCUGGCGCUGGUGCUGGUGCUUUAGGUGGAGGUGGAGGUCCUUCUUUUGGCGCUUCUUUUGGUGGAGGAGGUGCUGGAGCUGGAGCUGGAGCUGGAGCUGGUUCUUUUGGUGGAGCUGGAGCUGGAGCUGGUGCUGGUUCUUUUGGUGGUGUUGGUGCUGGUGCUUUACCAUCUCCACCAUCUGGUGCUUUGCCACCAUCUCCACCUGGUGUUUUACCACCAUCUGGUGCUUUGCCAUUUCCACCAUCUGGUGCUUUACCACCUUCACCUGGUACUUUUGGUUCGGGCCCUUUUGGUUCUGGUUCUUUUGGUUCUGGUGCUUUUGGUUCUGGUUCUUUAGGUGGUUCUUUAGGCAGUUCUUUUGGCGCUUUUUUUCCUUUACCCGGUCCUUUUGCAUCAUCAUUAUCAUCUGGUUCUUUUGUACCGCCCGGAUCUUUUCCGCCACCUGGUUCUUUUCCGCCACCUGGUUCUGGUCCUUGUCAUUUUUGAAGAGUGUUACCAGUUGAAUUAAUUGAUUUGUAAGUUGGAAAGGC